AUGUGCCUAAAUUGGACUGAAAAUGGCCUAUUUAUUAGGCCAUUUUUCGGGUCGGGCGGCAAGGUGCCGCCGGGAAGGCGAGCGCCGCCUGGCUCGGCGGCAGGUGCGCCCGGAGGGGCGGCAGCUGCGCCCUGUCGGUGGGGCGGCACGGCCCGCCUGGUCUGGGCGGGGGUGCGCGCUUGGGAGGCGCCGGCAGCUGGCCGCCCAGUCGGUGGGGCAGCAGGCCCCGCCUGGGUCCUGGGGCGGCAGGUGCCCGCCCAGGCGUGGGGGCCAGGCCCGCCUGGCUGCGGGCGACAGGGGCCCGCGCGUGCUGGGGCAGGCCCGGCCGCGCGGGCGACAGGCCCCGCCGCGCAGCGCUGGCGGCAGGCCUCGCCGCGCAGGGCGUCAGGCCGCGCGCGCUGGGCGGCGGCCCGGCCCGCGCGCGCGGCGGCCCCGCCCCGGGCGUCAGGCCCGCCGCGCUGGGCGGCAGGCGGUCGGGCCCACGGCUGGGCGGCAGGCCUUGCCCCAGGAAGUGGGGCGGCUGCUGCCCCGUCGUUUCCUCUCGGCGGCGGCGCCGCGUGGCCGGUGUGGAACCGUGCCUCGUCCGAGGGCCUUUUUGGGAGUUCCGGACCUCCGAAAAAAUAA